AUGCCGCUGCAUCUAUCCGACUGCCUGCGGCCGCUGCAGCGCCUAAGGCGGCACCAGCGGCAGCAGCAGCAGCAGCAGCAGCAGGAUCAGCAGCAGGAUCAGCAGCAAGACGAUGAGGAGCAGCAGCAACAAGAAGGAGAAUUAGCCUCUAGCUAUGGCAACAGAAGGGAUUCGCUGCUGGAUUCAGAAGCAACGCAGCAGCAGCAGCAGCAGCGGCAGACAAGAACAGAGCAGCAGCAGCAGCAGCUGCUGCCACGUACAAGAAGUACAUUUAAUAGCAGCAGCAGCAGCACAUUCCCAUCUGCUGCUGCAGGUACAGCAACACCUGCAGCAGCAACAGCAGCAUCAGCUCCAGCAGCAACAACAGCAGCAACACAACAAGAAUCAGCAGCAGCAGCAGCAGCAGCAGCAGCAGGAGAUUCUCCAGUAUUAAGCAGAUCAACAACAAAACGUAUACCUUCUCCUCCUAUAGGAGACAGAUUUGCUGCUGCAGGUGCAGCCCAAGCAGCAGCAGCAGCAGCAGCAGCAGCAGCAGCAGGACAACAACAACAGGAACAGGAACAAUCAACAGGAGGAGGAGGAGUAGUAGGAGACCAAUUAGAAGAUGGUACAAGCUGCGUAUACACCCGAGGAGGCAGCAGGACUCCCUCCUUGCAUGCACAGACAUCCGAGUGUCUAUACAGUAAGUAUGGUGUCUCUGUUUAUAUGUGGGGUCUUAAUGACUGUGGGCAACUCAUGACUGCAGCAGCACCACCUACACUAGAGGAAGUCCUGCAGCAGCAGCAGCAGCAGCAGCAGCAGCAGCAACAGCAGCAGCAGCAGCAGCAGGAGGAGAAGACAGGAGAUGAGAGGGAGUUAUCGAAUAAUUCGGAUACAUCAAACAAUAAGAAGAAUGAAGCAGCAGCAGCAGGAGCAGCAGCAGGAGCAGCAGCAGCAGCAGCAGCAGCAACAGCAACAGGAGUAAAAGAUGAUAGAGUAUCAGUAGACCCAUCAAUAGACCAAUUAAAAGAAAGAGGAGAAGAAGGAUUAGAUGAAUAUAUAGAAAAGGGAAGAAAAGGAGAAGAAUACAGAUUAAUAAGAGAAGAAAAAGAGAGAAAAGUAUUAUAUUUACCCCCAACUCUUAUAGAAAAGCUAAGAAAUCGUAUUAUUUUUGGAGCCUGUCUAAGCGAAGAUAAAAGUUGGAUAUUCGAAAAAAAUAAUUUUGUAUGGGGAGGAGGACUUAAUGAAUUCAGGUGUAUAGACAGCUAUCAAGAAAAAGAUACUUAUCUAUAUAAACCUAUUAUACAUGAUAUUAUUAAAUCUGCUACCUCUAUUGCUGCUGCACCUACACAUACUGUUGCUGUAUUACAAUCAGGAG